AUGGCUGCGGAACACGUCACGGCUGAGCGGCUGCCGGCCAUUCUCGAGCACGACACCAAAGUCAAGGUUGCUGGCGUGGAUGUGGACGGCAUUCUACGCGGCAAGAUUGUGUCCAAGGCUAAGUUUCUGUCGAUUGCAACAAGCGGCUUUGGCUUCUGCUCCGUUAUCUUCGGUUGGGACAUGCACGAUCAGACGUACUUCCAGGAGCUCCAAGUCAGCAACAAAGAAAACGGCUAUCGCGACCUGUUGGCCGUCCCCGACCUCAAAACGUUUCGGCGGAUACCGUGGGAGGACAAUGUGCCGUUUGUGCUUUUGCGCUUCUUCGACCCGGACAGCAAGGAGCCCAUAUGUGCGUGUCCGCGCGGCCUGCUUCAGACUCAAGUCGACAAGAUCAGCAGCCAAGGCUACGGGGCCAUGGCCGGCGCUGAGUACGAAUUCUUUCACUUCUUGACGCCGACAGAUGGAAACUCGGCGCCCAACAAUGCAAUUGCCCGCCAACCCUCGACUGCAGCCUACCUGGCCAACAACCCGCCACAUACCCUACCACCACUGACUGAAGGCAUGUUUGGCUACAGUCUAACGCGCCCCGCUGCGAACAAGGACUACUACUACGAAGUUUUUGAGACGUGCGAAAAGUUUGCCUGCAACAUCGAGGGCUGGCACACCGAGAGUGGCCCGGGGGUUUAUGAAGCGGCGCUCCAGUUUGGCGACAUCCAAGAGAUGGCCGACCGCGCCAGUUUAUUCAAGCUUGUGGUCAAGUCCGUCGCCAUACCCUACGGUAUUACCCCCUGUUUCAUGGCCAAGCCCAAGCAGGGCCUGCCAGGCAACAGUGGCCACAUCCACAUCUCGCUUGUCGACUCCAAGACCGGCAAGAAUCUGCUAGCACGCGACGCCCCCGAUGACGAUGCCGCGUGGCCCGAUAUUGCCAAUCUUUCGGAAUUGGGUCGCCAAUUCCUUGCCGGGAUUCUCGAGGGGCUGCCGGACGUCAUGCCGCUCCUUGCGCCCACCAUCAACAGUUACAAGCGACUCGUCGAGAACUUCUGGGCACCCGUUACCGUUUCCUGGGGAUACGAACACCGCCAAGCGUCGAUUCGACUGAUUGGUCCGCCAGGCUCCAAGGCGGGCGCCACGCGCUUUGAGGUGCGUGUUGCUGGCGCCGACGCCAACCCGCAUUUUGUGCUCGCCGCCAUUUUGGCGCUGGGCUGGCGCGGCGUCGAGAGGAAGCUGAAGAUCCCGUGUCCCCCUCUGGGCAAGGGCGAGGGCGUGGGCAGUGAGGCCGAUGGUGGUAUUCGCUUAGCACGCAGCCUGCGAGAGGCCAACGACCGCUUUAUGCACAAGGAGAGCAUUGCGCGCGAGGUGCUGGGAGACGAGUUUGUCGACCACUACGGCGGGACUCGUAACCACGAGAUACGCCAGUGGGACGAGGCUGUGACCGACUGGUAUGUUUGCCCUUAG